AUGGCGGCCACUAUUGCAGUCUUCAGUGAUGGUUGUUCUCCAUGGAUGACAUGGCAGUUGCAGUCGCCAUUUCUAAGUCGAAACUUUAUGGAAAUGGUCACUCGUGAAUUUAAUCUUGGGGAAGCUCUGGAAGUGGUUAAAAAUCAAGUUAUGAUCCUGAGUCGUGAGCGUCAGGUGCAGGUCAUAUAUGAUUCACCUGCUGAAGUGUCAUCCAUGUCCUUGUAUGGGGACAACUUGAGGCUUCAGCAAGUCCUUUCAGAUUUCCUGACCAAUGCUCUCCUAUUUACUCCUGCAUUUGAAGGAUCAUCAGUUCUGCUCAGGUUAAAUCCAAGAAAACAACGUAUUGGAACCAAGAUGCACGUUGUUCAUCUGGAAUUUCGGUAA